AUGAAGGGGAGUCUCGGAGACAGGAAAAGGUAUGACGAUGAUUCAAGUGUGAGCAGUGAUGAGGACCUUGAACACAAAGGGGGGGAGUGUCGGAGACAGGAAAAGGUGUAUGACAAUAGUUCAAGUGUGAGCAGUGAUGAGGACCAUGAACACAAAGAGGCUGUCAAUGUGGGUCGAGCAAUGCUGUCAAUGUCACAGAUGAAGCAUUUGCACUUUUGA